UUGCGUUUUCUUCCUGCCUCACGGAACAGAGACGUUAGUAAGCUAGCAGGUUAACGAUGUCAGGUGUCGAAGAAACUUCAAAUGAAUCCGUGGAGGUUAACGAAGACAAAGAGUUUGAUGUAGAGGCCGAGGACCAACUCGGGGAUGAUUACGGUCUUGAUCCGACUCGAUAUUUAUUUUUUAGAGACAGAAAGGAGUGGGCUGACCUAGAGCCAGUUCCUCAGGAUGAUGGACCAAAUCCUGUAGUGAAGAUCGCCUACUCUGAAAAGUUCUCAGAUGUUUAUGACUAUUUCCGUGCGCUCCUGAAGAAUGAUGAAAGAAGUGAGCGGGCCUUUGCCUUGACAGCAGAUGCCAUUGAGCUGAAUGCUGCAAAUUACACAGUGUGGCACUACCGGCGUGUACUGCUGCAGGCUUUAUCAAAGGACCUGAGAGAGGAGAUGAGGUACAUUACUGCUAUCAUCGAGGAGCAACCCAAAAACUAUCAAGUCUGGCAUCACAGACGUAUGGUGGUGGAGUGGUUGAAUGACCCCUCAGAGGAAUUGGAGUUCAUUGCGGACAUUCUCAGCCAAGAUGCAAAGAACUACCACGCUUGGCAGCACAGACAGUGGGUCAUCCAGGAGUACAAACUGUGGGACAAUGAGCUGGAGUUUGUGGAAAGUCUUUUGGAAGAAGAUGUGAGGAAUAACUCUGCAUGGAACCAGAGGCAUUUUGUCAUUUCUCACACUACAGGUUUCUCUGAUCCAGCCAUAGUGGAGAGAGAGAUUCAGUAUUGUCUGAACCAGAUCAGGAAGGCUCCCCACAAUGAAAGCGCAUGGAACUAUUUGAAAGGGAUGCUGCAAGACAAAGGUCUGUCAUCUCAGUCAGGUCUGCUGGAGAGAGUCCUGGAGCUGAAGGAAACGCACUGUUCACCUUAUCUUCUAGCAUUUCUGUUUGAUUGCUAUGAGGAUGCCUUGGAGAGCAGCAGCCAAAAGGAAAAUGUGGACGAAGAGGAACGAAAGGAAAUUUUAAGAAAGGCUCUGGAAAUUUGUGAUCUUCUAGCGCAGGAAAGGGACACCAUCCGUAAGGAGUACUGGCUGUUUUUGGGACGAUCUUUACAGAGCAAAUAUGGAAGCACUGGUCCAGAUGAGCAUGUGGCAGACAACCCUGAACCGUCAGUCCCAGCAUCUGCACAGCAGGAGAUGAGCUAGACCUCCAGGAGACUGUCACCAUUUCCACUCCUACCAUGUUUUGUCAAUACUGUGCACAGAAACAGUUCAUGCAGUUUGAUAUUACUGUAACUUGCCAUUAUGUAUAUUGCUGAAGAAGUUUCUUAAAAUAACCACUAACAUGAGGUCAUCAAGGGAAAGGCAUCAAAACUGACAUUAACAUAUAACAGUAAAGGAAUACUUGGAAGUCUCUCUCUCACUAAAAUCUAAUUACAAUACUGUUGGUUUUACAGAUGGUUUUAACAAAAGGUCAGUUAUGUCUUUUUCCCCACUUUAAACCACCUUACACAUCAGGCAGUGUCAUACAUCUGCAAUUAAAAACCAUUUAGCCAGUUUAUCAGCAGGUUCAGAUUUAUUAAAGUAGCUGUUUUUAAUCUAUUUCGACUUGACAUCAGCCUCCAUGACAUGGGUACUGAUAACGCCCCUGUGCGUGUGUGUCUUAAUAUCUAAUUUGUAGUCUUUGCACAUUGGUCCACAUCUUAAAUUAUCAGAUCUUAUUUUUUUUUACUAUGAAUACAUCAGUGUAUUUUUUCAUAUAGAAUUCAUCAGUUGGUUUGUAGGAGAUUUUCUCAUACAGGCAUAUGUUUGAUUGGUCACACUGACAUUAAAUGGAAUAUUGUGUCCAUGUAAAGCCACUCUUCAUAUAAAUUUGGUUUUAGUCAGAGGGCUCAUGUACUUGUGCUUUAAUGGAGGGAAAAAGCAUCACAUAUAUACGCAACACAAAAAAAACGUAGUAAUAUACAGAGAGUGGUUCGUGUUUUACCAGUGAUAAUAAAGCAGAUGAGAGAUGAAA